AUGGAGGGAUGUGGACACAGCAGAGUGGGCCCCAGAGUCUCUGUGAAGGAAGAAUUCAAGCAGCUCUCCGCCUGCAGAAAUAUUGAGAUCUUUUUUGAGGAUGUUGUUGAGUGUCUCUGGGACAUACUGAGCAGGGAGGAACUGCUUCUCCUGCUGACUGAAUUCCUGAGGAAAAUUGAGGCAAAGGCUGGUUUGUCCAGGGAAGAGACAGAUGCCAUACAUGAAUAUCUGCUGGAGCUGAAAACAGACUUGGUAGAGGAGGACCAACACAGGCCACAAAAGGACCAGCUGGACAGGAAGUGGUUUUUGGAGGAAUUUCCUCGGGUGAAACAGGAGCUGGAGGACAGCAUAGCAAAGCUCCAUGCGCUGGCAGACAAGGUCGACAAGGUGCACAGGGACUGCACCAUCUCCAGCGUGGUGGCCAACUCUGCCGGCGCUGUGUCUGGCGUCCUGACCAUCCUUGGCCUGGCUCUGGCACCCGUGACAGCAGGCAUCAGUCUGGGACUCUCAGCCACUGGGUUAGGGCUGGGAGCAGCGGCUGCUGUGACCAGCGUGUCCACCAGCAUCGUGGAACACGUAAGCAGGUCAUCAGCAGAAACCGAAGCCAGUCGCCUUGUGCCAACAGAUAUCAAUGAAGAGGGGGCGUUUGCAGAGGUUUUACAGAAAAGCACAACCCAGAUUGUUUCCUCUACAAAGAACUUCAUCCAAGCCUUGCAAGGCAUUGGGAAAAAUGUUCGUGCCAUCAAGCUGGCCAGAGUCAACCCUCGCUUAGCGUCCCACGCUAAGCGCUUCAUGACUACAGGGCGAGUCUCCGUCCAAAGCGGAAAGCAGGUGCAGAGAGCCUUUGGAGGUACAGCUCUGGCAAUGACCAAAAGCGCCCGGAUCAUGGGUGCAGCCACGGCAGGUGUUGCCCUCCUGAUGGAUGUGGCCUUACUGGUGAAAGAGGCAAAGCACUUGCAUGAAGGGGCAAAGACAGAGUCAGCACAAAGGAUGAGGCAGCUGGCCGCGGAGCUGCAGAAGAAGUUGGAAGAGCUCACCCGGAGCUAUGAGAGUCUGUAG